UCCAUCUGCUACCAACAAUGUCUACUCACACCAGUGUUCUUCUUUUCAUCACUCUUUGGGCUUCCAUUCAGGAUGGUUUGGGUUUUCCGGUGAUGAAACAGCUGAAAACGGAGAAUGGUGAUGGUGUCCAAACACAAAAAAUGAGGACCAAGCGCUGUGCCUGCAGCAGCCUGCUGGACUCUGAAUGCCACUACUUCUGCCACCUGGAUAUCAUCUGGAUCAAUACGCCGAGUAAGACAACCGUUUAUGGUCUGGGAAGUGCUCUGUCCCGACGCAGAAGGUCCACUGGCCGAUGCACCUGUGCCAAACCUGAUGAUCAAUCCUGCACCAACUUCUGCAAUCACAGUCCUGAAAUCAAAUCUGUGAAGACAGAUCAACGUAACAUAUGGAGCAUCCUAAGAACUUUGGAUAGCAGGCCCAAGAAAGCUCAGGAUGCAGCUGAUCCAUACAGAGACAAAUCCUCUGAGGCUCAGGGGACAAAUACUCGCUAAACAAAUGUGGCUGCUGAGGCAGCAAGAGAGAGAGGAAGAGAGCAGCGAGCACCUGAACAAAUGACACUCCUUUGAUAGAGAGAAGGGAAAUAAAAGGCUGCUGAGAGAUGUGUCCAAUGCGGGAAGGACAAAGCGCCACAAAGAUGUCUGUUUGUCCCCGGAAAUAGAGGGUGGAAAACAAAACAGAGUUCUGCAGACACAUCAUGGAAACCAGAUGUGGUGGAUCAGCUUUUAGAAGAGCUCCUGCUGUAUCAGGAGAUGACAAUGCUGUGCCUUUGGUCAUGUUGGACUCGAACUGGCAGGUCGGUAAGAGUGGUACAGACAGA